AUGGCGCAGGAUACUUACUGGGGCUCCUUUGAGGAGAUCUCCAAGUACAAUGUCCAGCUCAAUUUCCUCGAGCAGAUGUGGCUUGCAUGGUACGCAUGGAUUGGCAACGACGUCCUGGCGACAGGAAUCAUGUCAUUCGUUUGGCACGAAACCCUCUACUUCGGGCGAUCACUCCCCUGGAUCAUCGUCGACCAGAUCCCGUACUUCAGGAAGUACAAGAUCCAAGAGCACAAAAUUCCUACCGCCUGGGAACAAACACAAUGCGCCCUUCUCGUCCUCCUCUCCCACUUCACUGUCGAGCUCCCCCAGAUCUGGCUUUUCCACCCUAUGUGCCAGUACUUCGGCCUCCAGACCUCCGUACCGUUCCCUAGCCUCUUCAAAAUGGCCUAUCAGAUCGCCAUCUUCUUCGUCAUGGAGGACACUUGGCACUACUGGGCGCAUCGCGCCAUGCACGCCAUACCAUACUUAUACAAGAACGUCCACAAGAUCCACCACCAGUACUCUGCACCUUUUGGUCUUGCUGCUGAAUAUGCCUCCCCCAUUGAGGUCAUGGUUCUCGGUUUCGGAAGUGUUGGUUGCCCCAUUCUCUGGUGUGCCAUUACCAAGGACCUUCACAUCCUGACAAUGUACAUCUGGAUUGCGCUUCGUCUCUUCCAAGCCAUCGACGCCCACAGCGGUUACGAGUUCCCCUGGUCUCUGCACCACUUCCUUCCCUUCUGGGCCGGCGCCGAGCACCAUGACGUUCACCACGAGAAGUUCAUUGGUAACUACGCCAGUAGCUUCAGGUGGUGGGACUUUGUCCUUGACACCGAGGCCGGUGCUGAGGCCUCCAAGAAAAGGAGAGAGAAGAAGCUCGCCAAGGCCAGGAAGGCCCAGUAA